GCCGCCGCCGCUACUGUUCCUGACAGCCGCUACCGAAGGCGCCUACGCAGCCAGGGGGCUGCAAACACGCUCCGGGGAAAGCAAGAGAACCGCUGCCGCCUCCGCCGUUGCUCGCCGCUUCCUAGGGUCCCCUCGCACUAGGCUUGCCGCCGAAGUGACCCGGGCGCUGCGUAAAGCGCGCCAAGGAAGCCUGAGCGGAGCAACAAGUCUCCGGUCCGCGCCGCUGAGUGGGGAAACCGGGAGCACCUGGGAAGGUUGUCGGGCGCCGCCGCUCUAGGGAGAAUAUUCCACGGUUGACCGUGUGGGUGGCAGUUUUGGGGGGCGCCCUGAGGAAGCUCGCCAUGGUCUUUCUGCCUUGAAAGCCCCGCUCGGCUUUGGCUUGCAGGGGGGUCUUGACUUGGAGUUUAUUUUUGUCGCGAGUGGGGGCGCGUGUUCGCGUUUCUGGUGGCGGGCACCUCCGGGCAAAGUGUCCCUCCUCCCCAGAGGAGGAAAGGGGAUUUCGCCCUCCGCCUGUGCCAGCAGCAGCUGCCCAGCAUGGUGGGGAAAAGCCCGGACGCCAAAGGUCAGGAUGCCCACGGGGAGGCCAGCUGCUGGGGAGGACAGCGCUGCUGCUCCAGCAGGACGGCGCCCCCCAGCUCGCUGCUGGCUGCCCUGCUGCUCUCGGUGGCGUCCAUCGCUUCCUGCGUGUAUCUUGGGAUGAAGACCAGUGACCUUCAGGCCAGGGUCUUGGCCAUCGAGACGGCCCAAGGGGACGGAUCUGCUGCUGCUGCUUCCUACCAGCUGCUGCCCAGCUACUCUUUGGAUCAGCUCAAUGCACUGAUGAAGGAAAACGUGGAGCGGCUUCUGGCUCAGAAGUCCUAUGAGCAUAUGGCAAGAAUCAGAAUAGCAAGAGAAGCUCCUCAAGAAUGCAAUUGCCCACCAGGUCCUCCUGGUAAACGAGGCAAGCGAGGAAGAAGAGGAGAGAUUGGACCUGCUGGUCAACCUGGUCCUCAAGGCCCACCUGGUCCAAAAGGCGAGAAGGGAGAUCAAGGUGAUCAGGGCCCUCGGAUGGUGUUUCCUAAAAUCAAUCAUGGGUUUCUCUCUGCUGAUCAGCAGCUCAUUAAACGCCGCCUCAUUAAGGGUGACCAAGGACAAGCUGGACCUCCGGGGCCUCCGGGGCCUCCUGGACCAAGGGGUCCUCCUGGAGAUACUGGCAAAGAUGGCCCUCGCGGAAUGCCUGGCUUACCGGGAGAGCCAGGAAAGCCAGGUGAACAAGGCUUGUUGGGGCCUCAGGGGCCUCCAGGACAAAAGGGUUCCUUUGGUGCACCUGGUAUCCCAGGGAUGGAUGGACAACAGGGUGUACCUGGUAUAAUGGGAGAAAGAGGAGUUCCUGGGCUUAAGGGUGACCCUGGCCAACGAGGAGAAAGGGGUGAUUCUGGAGAAGCUGGGCCCAAAGGUGACUCGGGAGAAAAGGGUGACCCUGGAUCUUCUGCUGCAGGAAUUAAGGGAGAACCCGGAGAAUCAGGUCGACCAGGACAAAAGGGUGAGCCUGGGCUCCCUGGACUUCCUGGACUUCCUGGGAUUAAGGGUGAACCGGGUUUCAUAGGACCACAGGGAGAACCUGGAUUGCCAGGAUUGCCAGGAACAAAGGGUGAAAGGGGAGAAGCAGGACCCCCUGGGAAAGGUGAACGAGGUGAGCCUGGAGCUCCAGGGCCAAAGGGGAGGUCAGGCGAAUCUGGAGCUAGAGGCCCAAAGGGGUCGAAGGGUGAUUCUGGAGACAAAGGUGAUUUGGGGGCAAUGGGCCCAAGGGGCCCUCCUGGACAAAAAGGUGAUCAAGGGGCAACAGAGAUUAUUGAUUACAAUGGCAAUAUCCACGAAGCUUUGCAGAGGAUUACCACCCUAACUGUCACGGGUCCUCCAGGUCCUCCUGGACCCCAAGGAUUGCAAGGGUCAAAGGGUGAACCCGGAUCUCCAGGAUUGCCAGGUGCUGAUGGAGAGCAGGGGCCUAAAGGCUCAAAAGGUGAUACAGGUGACCCUGGAGUACUAGGAGAAAAGGGAGGAAUUGGACUUCCAGGAUUGCCAGGAUCCAAUGGUAUGAAAGGAGAAAAAGGAGAUGUUGGCUUGCCAGGUCCUCAAGGUCCCUCUAUCAUAGGACCACCAGGACCUUCAGGCCCACAUGGUCCACCUGGACCUAUGGGACCUCAUGGACUUCCAGGCCCAAAGGGAGCAUCUGGCUUAGACGGAAAGCCAGGACCCCGGGGCAUGGAUGGCCCAAUUGGUCCUCAUGGCCUUGCAGGUCCAAAAGGAGACAGAGGUGAAAAGGGAACAACAGGAGAUCCUGGGCCCAGAGGUCCAUACGGCUUGCCUGGCAAAGAUGGCGAACCUGGCCUUGAUGGUUUCCCUGGUCCUCGUGGAGAAAAGGGUGAUGUAGGAGAAAGGGGAGAAAAGGUGACUUCAAUGCUAUUAACUGUUGUUUGAUUACUUAGCCUAGUCAGCUCUCUUGUCCCAGUCCUAUAAUUUGUCCCAUUAAGCUAGACUUUUCUUCCUUCUGUGUGCCAAAAGCCAUGUCAUGGAUCUUUGCUAGACAAAGUCAUCUGUCAGAAUGUGAAAGAAAUCUUCCCAAAAGGUCAGCAGUUUCCAUAAUGGGAGAAGAGAGGCUUUCUCCUCCAAGACUCCUGACAGUCUGUGUUUGUUUAUACAGUAGUUACUGACAAGAGACAUUGGAGUAGCAACACGGUAGGAGACACUGGGACAGAUUGACAGCUUGUGUAAAUCAAUAUAGGUCCAUUGGCUUCAAUUAAAUGGAUGCUGUAUUUAUACCUGGUAAGCAUCUGGCUUGUUGCUGAGAAGACAAAAGCUAAACCAAAAACACUUUGAGCUAAUCCAGGGAAAGUUGGGUACAUUUCAGCCCUCAAAGUGAUGGUUAAGCACACAAUUAAGGGCUUAACUUUGUUGAUGCACCUUCAGCAUGCUUAAUUGUAAUUGGAUUGCUCCCAUGUGCCAUGAUUUAUCCUCUCCUCACCAGUAUGGGAGGUCUGGUGCAGGUGCAAAUCUCUUGGGGAUACAAGGCAAAAUCAGAUCUUUGUGCAGUUCGUUACGUAUACUUCCCUUGCACUGGCAGAGUUCUGAAAGUGAGAGCUCUGGUGUGCAAACAGGUCUCUUGCACAUGCAAGAGAUUCCCCAAUCAGAUCAGUGGACAGGAACUCACAAGCCAUAAAUCUAGUUCCAUGAACCCAGCAGAGAUUUAGGCUCACAUUGCUCAAACAGCAGCAAAAAGGCAAACUGUGUUUGAAACCUAGAAAAUUUCAAAAAUGACAUGUGACAUGCAUCUAAACUUAACUAGCUAAGGUUGUUGUGGGGCUGUCAAGUAUUUCUCUAGGCUAGCUAUACUUCAGGUGGAUCCCUGCAGAGUUCUACAAUCUUCUAAUGUAGCCAGGAGGAGAAGACCUCCCUAGCCACUUUGCAGGGCUGCCCCUUGAGGACUGUGCAGAUGAGCCCCUCUGGGCAUUUCACUGCCUUCUCCUACAUCAGCAUGCUCACACCCAUGAAUUCCCCACUCUUGGUAGAACAUCUGAAAGUUGUAAACAUAAAGGGUCUUCCAUGUGAUCUGGAACUCUCAUCACAUGAGGUUCCAAACCCAGUGUAUGAACAGCUAUAUGCACAUGGGGACCUGUUUCACUGUUCAGUGAAACAACAGAGGUAUGGGGCAUAGUCAAUGACUAUGGCCACCAGUCAUGGUCCCACUUUCACCUUCGUGUGUUCACUGUGAACAAGGGAAGGGGGCUUGUGCACAGGAAUGUCCACCCUUCAGCAGAGCACCCAACUUUUAUGGAGUUUUUAAAUAAAAAACAACAACAACCAACAAACCAAAAACCCGAACACAGUUAUUUUUAUAUUUUAUUUGAUUUUAAAUAUGUCUAAUGUAAAUCGUUUUGAGAUUAGAAGAGUGGUAUUCAAAUGUCUUAAAUGAAGAAUGAAGUUAGAUUAUUAUUUAAUUCCCUUCUAUUUGGCAAACAGCUCUUUGAAUCCAAGUCAAUGACAGCAGCAGCUCUUUGUGAAUAUUUUUAUUACCCAUUGUGGAGAAGGACCAUAGCUCAGUGGUAGAGCAUCAGUUUUGCAUUUAAAAAUUCCUCCUUCAAUGAUUGGCAUCUCCAGGUAGGGCUUGAAAUAUGCCCUUGCCUGAAUAUCCUGGAGAGCUGCUACCAGUCAGAGUAGACAAUACUGAGCUAGCUGGACCCAGUGGUCUGGCUUCCUAUGUUCUCUGACAUUUAAGUGAACAGACUUUUAUAUCAGAGACCCACCGAUCUUUGUGUUGGGGACAUUUUCAAUAUUAAAAUAAUCAGCUUCAGCAAGUAAGGGCAAAGACAACGAAAUAAGUUAACAGUAUCCAGUUUCUGGCAUUCUGACAGGUGAAAUGCUUCCUAUGCAUUUAACUUGGGGGCAGGGGCUGUGGUGUUUCUCCUGAGCUUCUGCGGCCUUCCCUGGCCCCACCUCAGUUAUGUGUAGGUUAGGAAUCAAGGGGAGAAAUCUACAUGUCUAUGGUCCCCCAGCUGUUGGAAUCCUUCACAGUCGAGGUUCCACCUCCCAGGGAAGCCUAUUACACAUAGAGGUCUGUGUUUACAGCUUGUUGUUCCCAUGCAGGGGGGAGGUGGGAAACCACAAAGUGGGGUAGUACUGUGGCCCUGCCCCCCUGAAUUCACAUGAGGACCACUUCACAUGUAAAACCAGGAAACAGACAUUU